UCUUACCAUUUAAUGGAAUCACUCUGCCUCCUUUUGCAUUCCCCCUGCACCCUGCCCCUGAUUCCACCAGAGGAAAAAAAAAUGCUUCCUGCCCUUGGUGUUCCCUUAGUCAUAUGCAGACAUGGCUGGAUGUUCUUUGCUAGGCUGCUGAGUCAGAAGCCUGGACGGGCCAGCUUCAGUCUUAAUGAACUGGCUCAGGAAGGAAGUGCUAAAAGAGAUGGGUGCACUAUGCUGCAAGUGGGUGGGAGCUGAUGCCGGCUAGAAGACCUGAGCCUUGUGAGAGGCAGCCUGGUUCCUGGGAAAGAGCAUUGGCUGGAAGUCUGGAGGCCUGGGCUAGUCUCUGCUCGGCCACUUACUUGCUUCUUGACCCUGAUGAUUGGGUCAGCACUUUUUGCUGUAUAUCUUCACAGAAGACUGGACAAGAUAGAAGAUGAAAGGAAUCUUCAUGAAGAUUUUGUGUUCAUGAAAAUGAUACAAAGGUGCAACAAAGGAGAGAGGUCCUUAUCCUUACUGAACUGUGAGGAAAUUAGAAGCCAGUUUGAAGCCUUCGUCAAGGAUAUAAUGGGAAAUGAAGUGAAGGAGAAAGAAAGAAACUUUCAAAUGCAAAAAGGUGAUCCGGAGCCUCAAAUUGCAGCACAUGUCAUAAGUGAGGCCAGUAGCAAAACAGCAUCUGUUCUACAGUGGGCCCAAAAAGGAUACUACACCAUGAGCAACAACUUGGUAACCCUUGAAAAUGGGAAACAGCUGGCCGUUAAAAGACAAGGACUCUAUUAUAUCUAUGCCCAAGUCACCUUUUGUUCCAAUCGGGAAGCUUCAAGUCAAACUCCAUUUAUAGCCAGCCUCUGCCUGAGGUCCAUGAGUGGAUCUGAGAGAAUCUUACUUAGAGCGGCAAAUACCCACAGUUCUUCCAAACCUUGCGGGCAACAAUCCAUUCACUUGGGAGGAGUAUUUGAAUUGCAACCAGGUGCUUCGUUGUUUGUCAACGUGACUGAUCCAAGCCAAGUGAGCCAUGGGAUUGGCUUCACAUCUUUUGGCUUACUCAAACUCUGAACAGUGUAACCUUGCAGGCUGCCGCUGAGCUGAUGCUGGCAGUCUUCAUGAUACAGCAAAGCAGUUAAGACCACCCCCUGUUGAACUGCCUAUUUAUAACCCUAUGAUCCUCCUCAUGGAGAACUAUUUAUUAUACACCCCAAGGCAUGUAGGGCUGCAGUAAGUGAAUUACAGGGUGGGUGAAAUCCAAACAGGCCCUGUUCCAUCAGUGCUUAUAUUCUGAAGCAGCAACCUGACUGAUGCAGACAUCUAGAGAGUCCUAUGAAAAGACAAGGCCAUUAUGCAGAGAUUGAAUUCUGAGUAAACAGCAGAUAAUUAGCCAAGUUUAGUUUUGUUUUUUUGCCAGCAGUGUCUUUCAGUGGAUAAUGCAUUUGAUUUAUCAGUGAAGAUGCAGAAUGGAAACAGGGAACCUCAGCUCACAUCCAGUGAUGGUUGAUUCUGGGUCCCUGUGGCCCUGAUGGAGGGGGCAGGCGCUAGAAAGUCUAAUGCAGUGAAGAACUGAAAAAUCCUGCCCCUCACCAGUCACCCUGACACACACUCAUUCUCUCUCCCCUCUCUCUCUCUCUUUCUCUCUCUCUCUCUUUCUCUCUCUCACACACACAAACACACACACACACACAGAGUCAGGCUGUUGCUAAUCAGUUAUCUUAUUUCAACCCUGUCCCUAUCUCCAUCACUAUAGACUUGAGGGGGAGCGGAGAGAACAGCUCUGAGCCUGCCCACUCCUCAAGAAAUGACUGUAUUUAAAGGAAGUCUAUUGUAUCUACCUGUAGUCUCCAUU